AAAGAAAGGCGCGAAGGUAGCCGCGCGGCAGCGCUCGCGGACGGCAGCUGCGAACUCAUUUGGCGAUGCUUUGGUCCGGAGAAGAAGCGGUUUUCUCGAAGUUUGUUCGGAGAAAAGUGUCCGCGUCGGUGUUCAAACUGCGUGUCGCAUGCUUGGAGUUGGCCCCGCGAUGCUGCCGACAGUGAACGGGGCUCGAACCGUGUGAAAAAAGUGUGCUGCGGCCGCCGGCGACUGGUGGUCGCGCGCGCGUGUGACUCAUAACCGCCGACGCCGCGUCCCAUGUGAGAAACAGCCGUGGUGGAUGUUUUCAUGGCGAGAGUCUCCGAGUGUACCGUCAACCGCGGGACCGGCCUGACUGGUGCCAUAAUGUGGCUGACGAUGUGCUUCGUGUUCACCGUGGCUACACUUCAAACAGCGACAGCAAAAAAGCCGGUGAUCGUGGAGGGCCCAAGGAACCGGACAGUCGUGCUUGGUUCCAGCGUCAUGCUGCCCUGUCUGGUGGAGCCCCCGCCUUCGUCUAGCGGUGGCACCGCCGGCGCCACGAGCGUGCUGUGGUUGCAGGACGGCCGCAGCCUCGCCAGUCAGGGUAGCUCCCCGUGGCGCCAACUGGACACCGGUGCCCUCCUCCUACACCGUGUGGAUGUGGCCGACGCCGGCGCGUACCGCUGCAACGCCAGGAAUGCCCACGGCGUCGCCUACUCCGAGACGGCGCAGCUUGUAGUUCACGUGCCGGCCAAGCUUGAAGGACCACCACGGACCACGCUCAACGCGUCAGCGGGGACCACAUUGGUUUUACGAUGCGACGCUGAGGGCGACCCGCCCCCUGUGAUAACGUGGUGGAAGGACGGCAAGAGGGUGUCGACGGCCGAGCACCCUCCGGGAACGUCGCAGUCCCAGCUGACCAUCAAUGCGACCUCCGCGAGUGCAUCGUACGUGUGCCGUGCGAGUAACGUCGUCGGGGAGAACCGCACCGAAGUGAGCGACGCCAGGGAGUUCGUCGUCCAGGUCGAGGGAUUCCAGCCAGCAUCGACCAGUACUGAGGCGACCGCCGAACCGAGCAGCGAUUCCUCGGCCAUGGUUCAGGCCGAGCAGUCGCGACCGGAGGACGACGAAGACGCCUCGUCGUCGUCCACGGGCUCGGCGUCGGAGGACGUGCCUCAGGGCUUCUGCUCGCCCUACACGGGCUCGGCCUGCCGGCGGUUCCUGGGCACCGGACUUGUGUACUACAACAUCAGCCAGGACGCGUCGCCCGUGGUUCUGAACGAGCAGCUGACGCAGCAGCUGUGGGACGAGCUCAUCUCCUCGCUGCUCGAGCCGUGCCGCUCGGCGGCCGAGGUCAUGAUCUGCCACUACGCCUUCCCGCAGUGCGAGUGGCGCGCCCGCCUCGCCAUCGCCAAGCCCCUCUGCCGAGAGGACUGCAUCGCCGUACGGGAGCUCUUCUGCUACAACGAGUGGGCCAUGAUCGAGGACAACAAGCAGCGCGGCAUUUUCUUCAAGUCUCGCGGCCAUUUCCGGUUGCCAGACUGCGACCUGUUACCCAGUUACAAGGACAACGGCCUGUGCUCACACGCCCAUCUCACGGACUUCAAGGAAGACGAGGUUACUGUGAACUGCAUCAAAGGCCGUGGUCGCUUUUACCAAGGAAAUGUCAAUGUGACCAAAUCUGGGAUUCCGUGUCAACGAUGGGACGUGCAGGAGCCCCAUCAUCACAACAGACCUCCAAUGGUGUUUCCUGAAGUGCUCAACUCGGACAACUACUGCCGGAAUGCUGGCGGCGAAGAGCCCAUGCCCUGGUGCUAUACGACAGACCCCAGGAAACGAUGGGAACACUGUUCUAUACCCCAGUGUGAGAACACAACCCUGGGCGACGUGUCGGGCCGCGACAUAUUGGACCUGUUCGAGCCGCCCGGGGAGCCGUCGUUUGCACCGGCGCUGGUUCUGCUCGUAUCCGCCGUGAGCCUAGCGGCGCUGGUGCUGCUGCUGUCGCUGGCGCUGGGCUGCCGCCGCCUGAGGCGCUACGGCGGAGGCCGCUCCCGCGGCGGCGGUUACAACGCCACACCGACGGCCGACGUGGAGAUCGACCUGGACAAGCUGCCCUCGAAUGCCUCCUACCACCACACCGCUGCCAGGCUCCACCCGCGACUGGAGAAGCUCGAGUACCCGCGAAACGACAUCAUCUACCUGAGAGACAUUGGGCAGGGGGCUUUCGGACGUGUCUUCCAGGCCAAGGCCCCCGGCCUCAUCAAAGGUGAUGACUUCACCACGGUGGCGGUCAAGAUGCUGAAGGAGGAAGCAUCCGAGGACCUCCAGAGCGACUUUGAGCGCGAGGCCUGUCUCAUGGCGGAGUUCGACCAUCCCAACAUCGUCAAGCUGCUGGGCGUAUGCGCCGUGGGCAGCCCCAUGUGCCUGCUCUUCGAGUUCAUGGGCAAGGGAGACCUGAACGAGUACCUCAGGUCCUGUUCCCCCUCAAACUACAUCGUCCGCAACCCGUCCGGAGGCUGCGGCGACAUGUUCAGCGACGUCCGGCUCAGCCACCUGGAGCUCGUCUCAAUUGCCCGCCAAGUUGCAGCCGGCAUGGUCUACUUGUCCGAGCGAAAGUUUGUCCACCGGGACCUGGCCACCCGAAACUGCCUCAUCAGCGACGACAUGGUCGUCAAGAUUGCCGACUUCGGUCUCUCGCAGAAGAUGUACGCGGCCGACUACUACCGUGGAAGCGAGCACGACGCUAUCCCAAUACGCUGGAUGCCUCUGGAGGCCAUUCUCUAUAACAAGUUCACCGUCGAGUCGGACGUGUGGGCAUUUGGCGUCGUGCUCUGGGAGAUCUUCUCUUUCGCUCUGCAGCCCUACUAUGGCAUGACGCACGAAGAGGUGGUGGCAUUCGUCAAAGAGGGAAACUGCCUCGGAUGCCCAGAGGGAGCUCCAGCGCCAGCUUACGCACUCAUGAGAGCCUGCUGGAGUCGCAAGCCUUCGGGCCGGCCGAGCUUCAAGACUAUCCACAGGGCGCUCGGGACGCUGCAUAACGAGCUAGUCAAGCACAGGGACAAAGAGAAUAUGGUCCACGUAUGAGGACGGGGACAUUCUUAACUUCUACGUGGUGUGACAACGAUGGCUUCAGAAGUCAUGUGCUUGACAAUGGGGGCCGCUUUUCGGGCUUCUCAGCAGUACAGCCUUUUGGGGUCAGCUCCGAGAGAGCGUGUUGGGUGAUCCAUCAACUGCAGCUUCUGGAGUGGCACGGCUUAUGUUCACAACUUUGUAAAGAUCAUCGAGUGCUAAAGUUAGCAAGGUGAAUUUGUUGGACGCUGAGCAUGGCCAUUAGUAUCUUUUGUGUCGCCUUUUGUUUUUGCCCACCACUUUUAGAUGUUCAAUUGUCAAUCUGAUUUUACAGCUUCUGCAGUUGAAUUGCAUACUGUGCAGUUAGCAUGGUUUGAAUUUCGGGUGUCCACAUAAUUCCAAGAAAAGAUUUUGAUUGACGCUGCCAAAAUUUAAUUCAGGAACCAUCACUGUGAGGCAUUUGAGGUGUGUAUGUGCAGCAUUGCCUCUCUUCUAAUCGGUGGCGUAGACAUAAGUUUUCUUCACAGAGGGGUCCGACCCCCCUCUGGAAAUGUUUACAUGUGUGCUUGUAUAUGCGCACAUACAUUACAAAUACAUAAUGUAAAAAAUUUGAGGGAGGAAGGAGUUUGAAACCCCAAACCUGCCCCCCUGGCUGUGCCACUGCUUCUAAUCUCUCAGUUCAGUAUAAACUUUCAGGGCACAAGUGAAAAGGUUGUUAUUGGAACCUGCCACUUCCAAUAAUAUUUGUGGUUUGUUGAGGCAAUCCAGAGGGUAACACAUACCAUAUCUUAGUGUGUAAGUCAUUAAUUGUAUGUCGUGUGUUACGAAAGACACGAAGAACCACUCACGGCUCUUCAAUAGCUUAGGGUUCAAAUGAAAAAUAGGUGUUCUAUGACUGUUUUAGGUUAACGAGGACAUUUUAAACCUUUCAUCAUCCACAACAACGCUAUAAAACACUUUGUGGUGAAAAUAUCACAAGUUAUGUAUGUAGAUCAUGUGAUCACAACCUAUGGAUUUCUUAGAUACAGAUGAGUGCACAUUAUUCUUCACAAAAGGCCAUUAAAAUUUUUCCUUGGCCCCAAGAAAGCUACUGAACCAGUUUGUCACAUCACGAAAGCUUAUUGUUAUACAGUUUUCCACGAGUCUAUUAAGAUGGCUUGUAAGAGAGGUGCAGAUUUAAGAGACAUUCCAUCACUUAGUAGUCUUCUUGUCAUUCAAUGCACAGACAUCUUUUUAAGUCAGGAAUUUUGUUUCACGUUAUCACGACAUUCUAAGGGGAGCUAUUAAUGUCACUGGGCCUUGUACAAAUCAUGUUUUCAUUGUUUUCUGCAAGCUUCAAAAUUUCCAACUGUCAGUUCUUCAGUUCUUGCAAAACCACCACAAUGUUUGGCAGAUGCAUAUUUUGAUGAAGCACACGCAGCAGUGUUUGUAAAUUACAGACCUUGGCCUGGCACCCUCACUUGUCACAUUGCUGUUAAUGAAAAUUUUCAGCGAUAGCUCUUACAGUAGAUUGAUAUCUCGUAAACUUGAGUGCAGCACUUUGUAUAGGCCUGUCUUCGCAACCGCUCACACUGUAGCUCCAGGCUAUGACAACAUAAACCACAUCGUAAAAUGUAGAACUUAUGUUCACAAUUUGUAGAGCCUUCUGUGUCACCUCUAAUGGCACAAGAAAUACUAGUUUAAGUAUAGAUUGCAAGCUGGUCUGCAGCUUUUCAGCACAUUUUUCCAGAUAUGCGUGCUAGAUAGCACUACUACAGCAUGAUCUUACUUUUUUCCAUUCUGUUAACACAAAUAUUACCUUAGUUAACUUUUGCUUUACUAUACAUUAUCUGUUGGUCAGUAGCUGUUCUUAAGCGAGGCAGCAUGAAGAAAGUGCAUGGACAUGCUGUACAAUUUAAAGGUUUAUUUAAAUUCCCUUGGCUACAUAAAUGCGGAGAGAGUUGAACAUUUUUGCAGGCCGUUAUAGUUCAGUAGCAUAGGUUUUUGUUUGCAUUUACAUAUCCAAAAUAUCUUUUUCUUCAGUUCAUUGCUUAGAGAGGGCCAGGAGCAGUAGACCAAGAUUCGACCCGUAUUUGUAUCUCUAGCACACCAUUACUGCAGGCAUCACCGUAAUUGCUCGAAUAAAAUAUGUUGCUGUGGUGAUAUGAUCAAAACGGUUUUCCUUAACAUUUUCAUACUCAUGCUUUUCAACGCUGACUUGUAGUGGGGCUCAGAUUGCUGAAAGUCGUUUCUAUGUAAUUGGCAUCAAUCGGAAUGCACUAGUGCGAGUGCACAGUUUCAUGCCACUGGAAACAGCAAAGAGUAUUUUCUUUUUUUACUCAAGGCUAGCUUAUCCGCAGAGAUGCGAUGUUCUACACUCUUAAAAGUUAUCGCCACAUCUACCAAGGCAUACUCUGCUUCACUGUGGAGAAAAGUACUUGUAAGGCUGGACACUCUCUUGGGUUUUAUCCAUUUGCUUGUACGGACAGGCCACUAACUAUGAGCGCAUUUGCAUACAUUCCAACUGAUCAGUGCACACUGCUAUGGGCAAACUGUACUCCGAGAGAGCAGGGACCAAGUGCCUGAUCCCAUCUAUCAAUACAUAACUCUUGUUGUCCUGUGAAGAUUGUAACGAGGGCUUCCGGAAUGGAGCUUUUUUACACGAGUGACCAUUUUAAUGUAGCCGGAACAUUGUCUUUCGUUAUGUCAACGAGUACUUUUAAGGCUUCUUUGAUGCCGUGACAAUUCUCUUAAAUAUGGGGACACCAUAUACAGUUGACGUGCUCCAUUAUUGUUUUUGUUAUUGCUUGGAAAAACUUUAUGUUCGUGUGUUUUACAUUUAUACUCGUUUGUUUCUCUUUUGACUCAUGCCUUUUACUCAUGAGUUGAGUUUUUUUAAUAUCUUUUACUUGCUAAAGAAAAAUCGUGUGUAGCGACAGCAGCCGGGCCGGCCGCUUUGUACCGUGUGAAUGGCACGCGUGUAGAAAAUGUUUUCAAGAAUGGCAGGAGUCGUCGAGCUUUUCUCGUAUGGAGGCAACAACUGUGGACGAAGUCAUCGGCCUAAAAAAGCCUUAUGAAACCCUUGCGGGAGCAUUUCGAAGAUCGUGUAAAUAGUGUAUGCCGAGAUUUUUUGCAGUGCAUUUGUGUGAAGCGCUUGUUACCGAGCUACUCUGACAACCAGAUCCUCAAAAACUUCCGAUAUGUGGGAGGAAGUUCGAAAGACAAGCAUUGCAUGAGCGAUAUACUGUUGACUGUGCUCAGCUUACUAUGAUCUUUUGAAGGUUGAAUCUAGAGUACUCCAACUGUUCGUAUGAAAUGCCAGAAAAUGUUCUGCAACAAUUUUGUUCUCACAUGGAAGUUUGGUGUGCUUAAAUGGUAAACUUUAUUCUGUAUUGUACAGACUCGGUAGGCCAAGAGAAUAAUUUCUCAAGGUACUGAAAUUUUGUUUCUGCAGGGUGAACCGUGUCUGCGAGCACUAUCUAUUUUCAAGUUUUGAAGUGCUGCUCAAUAUCUGUGCCCAAUAUAUCUUCUCCUAGUCAUCACAUGCUGCAAUGCUUAGGCACUACUGGUGAUGCCUUAGCUUGUUAUGUGGCAUUAUGUUCAAUCAAAAUCGAAAACACACAAAAAAAAUGAAGUUCCUAAAGUAUGAAAUUCGUUCAUCUCAUUUUAUUUUUACUUUGAAUUGCAACUCAAGCACCGACAAAUAUUUUCCGACACAAUGUCAACGUAAUCCCUACGCUUUUAGAUCCAACAGAGCUGAAGUUUUGAUUGAGAAAGAAACCAAAAUAUUUUGUACACACCUUACGCUGAAAUUGCUUGUCUACUAUAUUGAGUGUAUGCAUUUAAGUAAUCUUACCACUGUUGAUGUUUGGAAAAAGCAAUGCAGACAUAAACUGGACUAAAAGCUCAAUAUGUUCACCUUUUUGAUUUCAAUAUGUAAUCCUUAUCAAAAUGGCUGACUGGGCUAGCUGGUGAUUCAUUCUGCUUGCUUGAAAUACGAGCGCGUAACGUAGACGAGGACUUAAUAACACACGGACAAUGCACUUGUCCGUGUGUUAAGUCCUCGUCUACGUUACGGGCUCGUAUUUCAAGCAAGCAGUAAUCCUUAUGUUGAUUUUCAGCAGGAAACCUUUGUGUGUGACAUAUAGGGGCAAUUCUUUGUGCUGUUCAUUCUCUGGGUGCGCAAUUUUUUUUUUUCACAAAGGUGCACAGCGAUCACUUCGUUUUAUAUAUUGUCUACACGUUUGCACUUGCCAUACCAUGGCAACAUUAAGGUCUGCUGAUCACGUUAUGCGCCACGUACGAUGAGCAGAGCUGCUGUGUGCACGUGUGCAGUGUUUCGGGAGAGAGUGAGCUCUGCAGAUGCCAUGCUGAUGUUGUGUAUACGAAAUCCUGCAUGGUGGCACUGCACAUGAUGAAUAAGCAACUUUUUUCACAUGUGUGUAUGUACAGGAAAAAGUCACAGGCACUGCUCGUGACAGCAUAUUGUUUCUUUUACCUCGUCACUUGCAUGUAUGUCUGGAUGUACAUUUCGGGAAGUGGGAACACGUUGUGGCAUUUGUACAUAAAAGCACCAUGGUACUUCUAA